GCAAGUCACACUCUUUAAUUGGACUCCGCCAGCCAGCGAAAGUAGUCUCUCUGCUGCUUCCCAUGGAUAUAAGUGAAGGCACGCUGGCAUCCAGGAAGACUUAAAGGCGGUACAGACCAGAGAAGGACUCCAGCUAUGUUCAGAGCAGUGUUCGGAAAUAAGAAGGAAGGAGGAGGGAAAAAAGGAGACAAAAAGAGCCAGAAAAAUGCAGGUGUCGAGGUUCACAUGCCCUGCAUUCAGCAAAGAGGCAGCGGCCAGCGUGCCACUCAUCACCACGGACAUAAUGGGAGCCAUUUAAAUCGGAAGAGAUUGACUAAGGGUGUGUCCAUUUCCUUACCGUCCUCUCCGCUUCUCCCUCGCCAGGGCGACAUAGUUUCCUCUCAGUCCUGCGUCAAGUUCCAAGGACGGGUGAGGAAGCCGGAGUAUGUGGACGGCUCUUCCAGUACGAGAGAAGCUCUCAUCUUUGCUUCCUGCCGUGGCAAGCCGGACCACAGAGACCUCCACGUGGAGCCCCACCUCGGCUCCUCCCUUUCUACCCAGGAACUGAUGACCAGACUAUGCUUCUUAUUGGGCGAAGCAACGGGCAGCACAGCUAGCUCUCCUAUGGAGGACAGGAGGGAAAAGAAGGGUGACACCUCUGCCCAAGGGGGGAGUCCCAGCUCCACUCUUACCUGCAGCACCACUUCCCCUUGUACAGAGAGCCCCACAUCCACCCUGAGCACCAGUGCUGGAGGCCAGUCCCUUCCCCAGCCUUUACCCUUAUCCUCUCCUCACCGUGGCUCCAGCAGCAGCCCCUGUGGGACGCUCUGCAGCCCUGCACACAGUCCUACCCCCUGUUCUACUUCUGGACUCAUCUCUGUGAGCAGUCCUGGGCCUCCAACUCAGAGCCCCACCUCAACCUUGGAGAGCAAGGAUAGUGGAAUUAUAGCAACCAUCACAAGCUCCUCUGAGAAUGAGGAGCGCAGCACUUCCAGCGACGUUCUGACAAAGGAGGAGGCCCCGGGGGGCAGCGGCGGUGUCAUGGGCCGCGCGGGCGAUGACCGCCAUCCCGGUCAAACCAGAGACAAUCUGACAGCUCCACAACCUGACGCCUUACCCAGGAGUGAGAUCAUGGAGCCCAGGACUCCGCCAGCACCGAAAAGACCCCUCCCGCAGCACCACAUUCAGGGCCUCUCCUCGCUCGCGAUGCCCCGUCCAAAUUCAGUGGCAGCAACAAGCUCCACUCGACUGGAGGAUCUGAGUUAUCUGGACAACCAAAGGGCUUCGGGGCACCGGGGCUCCGUCCGAAAGCACAACACAGCUGGGCGCACAAGUGAUGACUCCAAAGGGAGACUGGUGCCAUUCAAGCAAACAGACAUAAUGCUAAAACCGCUGCUGUUCGAAGUCCCAGGGGUCACUGCAGAAACGCCUUUCGUCGGCCGGGACUGGCUAUUUGCACGGCUGGAGGAGGUCUUGAGGAAAACGAGCACCUGCGAGGGCCGCGGCGCAGUCAUAGUGGGGAACGCCGGAUCGGGCAAGACCGCCAUCAUCUGGCGGCUUGUGACGCUCAGCUGCCACGGAAUGCGAACGCCGCAGGGAGCCGCCAGUGACCCCCACAGCCCCAAAUCCUCCCCUAAAUCUGGAGACAAGCAGGGAAAAGCAGCCUCCAACCAGAGCUCUGCUGCAGGAACAAGUGAUAAUGCAGGACAGAGGAAGGAGGCUGUGAGAUGCCUGGCUGCCAAGGUGGUAGCCUACCACUUCUGCCAGGCAGACAACACCUACACCUGCCUGGUCCCAGAGUUCGUCCACAGCGUCGCCGCCCUGCUGGCCAGAGCGCCUCAGCUUGCCCUGUACCGGGAACUCUUGGCACAGGAGCCGCACCUGCAAAAUCAGCUCAGCUUGCGUUCCUGCGUUCAGGAUCCCAUUGCUGCCUUCAGGAAGGGCGUCCUCGAGCCUCUGGCCAGCUUGCGCAAAGAGCGAAGGCUACCCGAGGAGGACUACAUCAUACUGGUCGACAGUCUCAACGAAGCCGAGUUUCACAAGCCGGACUACGGGGACACAGUCGCCACCUUUAUCACCAAAAUCAUUUCCAAGUUUCCCCACUGGCUGAAGCUGGUGGUCACGGUCAGGACGGGGCUGGUGGAAAUCACCACGCUCCUUCCCUUUGCUGGCAUUUCGCUGGACAUCCUGCCAGACAGCAGUGAUCUGGGAGCUGACCUGAGCGACUACAUCCAUCACCGGGUCAGCGGCAGCAGCCAGAUUGCCGCUAAUGUUACCACGCCGACAGGCUCAGCUCCUGAUCCUCUGCUCCUCAGCAAGUUCAGCAGCAACCUCUCGACCCGGAGCCACGGCUCCAUCCUCUAUCUCCAGCUGACUCUGGAUCUCUUCCACAAAGGUCAACUGGCUCUGAAAGGAGGAAACUACCUGGUUGUGCCCGUCUCCCUGUCAGAGGUGUACCUGCUGAUGUGUCGCGUGAGCUUUCCGGAUAAAGACGUCUUCGAGCGGGUCCUUCCGGUGCUAAAUGUGGCGCUGGCGUCUCUGCACCCACUGACUGAUGAACAAAUGUUCAGGGCACUGAACGCAGGCAGUGUGAAGGGGGAACUGGAGUGGAACGACUUCCAGCAGAGAUUAGACAGUCUGGCUGGAUUCAUGGUCAGACGCAGGGAUGGCACUCGGAUGCUGUGCCAUCCCUCCUUCAGAGAGUGGCUGGUCUGGAGAGCGGAUGGAGAAAGCACAGAUUUUCUUUGUGACCCGAGGAGUGGCCACGCUCUGCUGGCUUUCAUGUUCUCCAGACAGGAGGGAAAGCUGAACCGUCAGCAGACCAUGGAACUGGGACACCACAUCCUCAAAGCCCACAUUUUCAAAGGUCUGAGUAAGAAGACUGGCGUGUCCUCCAGCGUUCUUCAGGCCAUGUGGGUAAACUGCAGCACAGACAGUCUGUCAGCUGCACUGGGCUCCCUGAGGAACCUGUACACCCCUAACAUCAAGGUAAGCCGUCUGCUGAUGCACGGUGGAGCGAGUGUGACCUGGUGUACGGAGGUGAUAGGACACGCCCCCAUCCUGGCUGUUCAUGCCCACCUGGGUCACGUGGAGAUGGUGGCUUUGCUGCUCGAAAUGGGCGCGCCUGUAGACGGGACCACUGGCAGCGGCAUGACGCCGCUUUGUCUGGCGGCUGCGGCGGGACACGCCGACAUCGUCAGCCUGCUCUGCAAGAAAGGAGCAAAGGUGGGGCACGCCGAUAAGAGCGGCCAGUGUGCGCUGGUCCAUGCCGGGCUGAAAGGCCAUGCGGAAAUCACCGGCAUCUUGCUGGGCCAGGAUUGGGGCGCAGAUGUCCCUGCCGAUCCGCAGCAGCAACACGGCAACGAGACGACGAUUGGGAAAACGCAGGCAGCCCAGCAAGCGGUGACGGCCGCGGCCAGUGUGGGACACAUGCAGGUGGUGAAAAGCUUUCUGGACUUGAAAGAUGAACAGCUGGCAGUGCAGAUGGACGCUCACGACUCACUCUGGGGAGAAACGGUGCUGAGCGCGGCAGCGGGGAGAGGGCGGUUGGAGAUGUGUGCGUUUCUCCUGGAGCACGGAGCAGAGCUGGAGGUACCAAACCGCAGAGGAAUGGUCCCACUGCUCAGCGCCGCCAAGCACGGCCACACACAGGUCGCUGAGCUGCUUUUAAAGAAAGGUGCAGACAUCAAUAUCGGCGACAAACAGGGUCGCACCGCGUUGAUCCUGGCCGCCUCCGAAGGACACGCCGCCACGGUUGAGCUCCUGCUGGCGAAGGGUGCCUCUCUGUCCUCUACCGAUCAGGAGGGGCUGACGGCGCUUAGCUGGGCCUGCAUGAAGGGCCAGAAGGGCGUGGUGCAGCUCCUGGUGGAGGCGGGAGCAGAUCUGAACCAACCGGACCGGCAGGGACGAACUCCGCUCGACCUGGCCGCCCUCAACGGGGACGCAGAUACAGUGCACAGCCUGGUGGAGCACGGAGCGGUGCUGGAAGGGUCAGACAACGGCGGUACCAGAGGUUCGGAUCGACCGGCGGGCUGCCAGAACCCGGCUCUGGUUGCUUCACUGCUUAAGAAAGGAUCCAAAACAAGCUACAAAACCGCUCCCCACGAUCGAUCAGGUCACGCUACGUGGGCCAUGGCUUCCUCCAAACCCGACAUUCUCCUCAUCCUGCUGCAGAAGCUGAUGGAGGAAGGAAACAUACUGUACAAGAAGGGGCGCAUGAAGGAAGCCGGCCAGCGCUACCAGUACGCUCUGAGGAAGCUCCCUCGCGAGGGCCAGGGAGACGAGCUGAAAGGACUCAAAGACCUACGAGUCUCCCUCUAUCUGAACCUCUCGCGCUGCCGCAGAAAAACCAACGAUUUUGGCAUCGCAGAGGAGUUUGCGACUAAAGCUCUGGAACUGAAACCCCGGUCUUAUGAGGCUUAUUACGCCCGAGCACGGGCCAAGAGGAGCAGCAGGCAGUUUGCUGCAGCGCUGGCAGACCUCCACGAAGCAGCACGACUCUGCCCGUCCAACCGGGAGAUCCGCCGCCUGCUGGUGCGAGUAGAGGAGGAAUGCAAACAUCAUCAGAAGCUAGUCGGCAACAACGCGGCGCCAGGUUACAACAGGGACCCCCACGCCCACCAUCACCAACCCACAGAGGAGGAAGCAGACGUCUAUUCACAGGGAAGCCUGGAGAGGCCGAUCCCGGCGGAGCAGCUCGAUCCGGAGAGGGAGGAGGACCGGGAGGAAGGGGACGAGGUGGGUCUCCACUGUGGGAAGAGUCCGGAGUUCUGGCCUCUGAAUCCGUACGGUCCUAACCGGACGCUCCCCGGAGGCGUGACGUUUGGUUUGCCCGAUCAGUCCCCGUGCUUCCCUCCCGACGACUUCGUUCAGAACCAGCUGUUUGCGGACGCGUCUGAGCCCGGCCACGGCAUGAGCAGACAGACGCAGAGUCAGAGCGCCAGGACUCAUCACAAUUGCCACUCUCUGCAGUCGGGCAGCAGAGGCGCGGUCAGGCCCAUGUCUCUCUGCGGCCCGUCUAGCCCCCUACCAGGCAGGCACAUCUCCACCUCCCUGAGGCCAGCGCCUCCAGGCGGGAUAGACAUCUGCUCCGGGUCAGCCAGCGAACACUCGCGACACAGUCCCACCGAGCAUUACCACCCGCUGUCCCCCAACAGCUCUUCCCCUCCCGGGCCCCUCCACAUGUUCCAGCCGCGUUCCUCCAGCUUCUCCAGAGGCUCCGACAGACUGUCCGCCCACUCCGGCCCGCUGGACAGCCUCGCUCUGGCUUUGGGGUCCGGAUUGGACUGCAGGAGGGAUGGCGGUGGAGGAGGCGGGGGGACGGCGGGCUCGAGGGGCUCCAGCUCCAGCCAGGCCUCCAGCGGGAACCUGUCGGACGGCGGAGGCAGGCAGCCGGGGCCGGACCUGGCCCCGUGUCCUAUCAAGAGCAGCGGUAGCUUCAAGGCCAAGCCCGAGCUAAAGCCCCGGCCCUUCAUGGGGGUCAUGGACAAGGCGGUGCGCGUCCAGAGCCAGCAGAGCUCCAGCAUGAGCCGACAGGGCCCGGGAGGAGCGGAGAGCUUCAGCAUGUCCGUCAUGGAGUUCCAGGGCCUGAGCAACGAGUUCAAACGCGCCUCCUUCCAGGAGCAGCUCUCCAGCAGCCAGCUGCAGGUCCGGGAGUUCGGAGAGAGAACCAACCAGCGAGACAGCAGAGGCGCCGCGUCCUCCCAGCUACUCUUCCCCGAGGGCCGGCACAGACAGACGAGCCUCACGAGGGACAACCCGGCACUGCACAUGGCUCCCAUCAAACCCAAACGCUCGUUUAUAGAGUCCAACGUCUGAGGGGAGUUCGUCAGAGCGCAGACGUGCUCGUGUCGCCGCAUAAGGUAGCAAGGAGACUGAUCUGAGAGCAGCUCCCAUCCCUGAGCCUGUUUUUGUAGAUUUCUGCUGCUGCACUGCAUAUACAAUCUAGAACCAGAACCAGAACUCAUGCUACGAUGCUUUUGCUUACACGCAUACAACCACACUAGUGUAUUCAUGGAAACCAGACAUACCUUAAGUAGAGAUUUAAAACAAGAGAAUGGAGUAUGUUGUGUCAACUUUUAGCAAAUUAUACGAAGUAAAUAAGCCAGAGGAAGCUUUGUGCACGAAUAGAUGAAAACCUCACGCCGUUAGCUACAGGUUAUGACCAUUUCUAUUGUCAGGUGUCUUUUAAAAAACAUCUAUAUUUGUACGGUGUACACGACCUUUGCAGAUAAUAUAUUUCCUUGUUAGGUGAUUUAUCUGUCAGCGUUGCAGGCUUCAGCAGAGAUUACUUUUCUCUUCCUUGGUACAUUUGAUAAGAUAUGGCACUGUAAAUGACAUUGUUGGAAACCUCUUGUCAUAACUGGACAUUACUGCAUCGAUAUUCACAGUAUACAGUAUGUUAUUUAUUUUUGCAUAGCAGAGAACAUAUUUAGAUCGAGUGUUCAUGAGCUUAAAAGGACGCAAAGAGAGAAAUCACAGAAUGUAGGACAGAUAAACCUUAAGAGACUUAUUACAUUGCAUUAUGUCCAUAGUUGUCAUAUACCCUUUGCAGAGUUAUACUAUGAUAUACACAGUGUUGCCACAUUAUAACUGUGGUAUAAUAAAAAAACAUAUAUAUAUUAACGAAGGA